AACACGUCGCUCUCUAUCUCUCCUUCCCUCUUCCUCCACUUUAAUCCAACAAAAAGUGCUUAAAUUGUGAGAAAUUAAGUUUAUAAUUAUCUUUACCAUUAGGUCCAUCAGAAUUCCUAGGUGGGUUUGGUCAGUAUAAUCUUGCUUUUCGUCGGGAAUUUACUCAAGUCACAGGGGAGCUGGCCAUACGUUGAUGAUGAUGAUGUGUGGGUUGUUGAACCAGGGUUAGUGAAGAAGAUGAGAAGGGAAGAAGGGGGAUGCCAGGCUUGGAUUCUCAAUUGCCAGUUCCAAAUGCACGCUAUUCGUAUUCCGCGUAUCAAGCCCCUUGAAGAUCAUGCAAUCAAAUAUAUGAGAGAAACAUAGACUGGAUAAACUUUUGGCUUCAAUUUGACAAAUUAUGGUGUUCAGCCAUAUUGGAGGAAGCACAGUUGAAUCUUUUCAUGUUUCUGACUUUGGAGCCUUUGAUCAAUCAGUUAGAGAUAAUGCUGUUAACUUGACUGGAGACCAAGUUUAUAACUCACUCAAAACAAGUAGCCAAACAAAUUCUCUUGGUCCCAUUCCUGUUGGUAAUUUUGAUAAGGUUCCAACUUCACUUGAUAUAAACAAAUUCACUAAGCAAUUAGAGUCCCAAGUGUUGCAGUUGCAAAAGGCCCAGCCAUCAAAUUUGGUGACCGUAUCAGGUGCUAAUACAGAAAACCAGGAGUCUGCCAUGGCUGAUGUCAGUCCCAGGACAGAUAUUUCGACAGAUGCUGAUACUGACGAAAAGAAUGGGCGGUUUGAUAGAAGUCUGUCCAAUGCUGCUGUUGCUUCUGAUUCCAGUGACAGAUCAAAGGACAAGUUGGAUCAGAAGACUCUACGCAGGCUUGCUCAGAAUCGAGAGGCUGCGAGAAAAAGCCGGUUGAGAAAGAAAGCUUAUGUCCAGCAAUUAGAAAGUAGUCGGUUGAAGUUGACCCAACUAGAGCAAGAACUCCAGCGAGCUAGACAGCAGGGAAUCUUCAUAUCAAGCUCAGGCGACCAGGCACAUUCAAUGGGUGGAAAUGGGGCGAUGGCAUUUGAUGUAGAAUAUUCUAGGUGGCUAGAAGAGCAGAAUCGACAAAUUAAUGAGCUAAGAGCAGCUGUAAACUCCCAUGCAAGUGAUACAGAACUUCGCAUGAUAAUUGAUGGUAUAUUGGCACAUUAUGAUGAGAUUUUUAAGCUGAAGAGCUCUGCUGCUAAGAAUGAUGUUUUCCAUUUGUUGUCUGGCAUGUGGAAAACACCUGCCGAGAGAUGCUUUCUGUGGCUCGGUGGUUUUCGGUCAUCCGAACUCCUCAAGCUUUUGGUAAAUCAACUGGAACCUCUUACUGAGCAGCAGUUGGUCGGUAUUACCAACUUGCAGCAAUCGUCUCAACAGGCAGAAGAUGCAUUAUCACAGGGUAUGGAAGCAUUGCAGCAGUCUCUAGCCGAGACACUGUCCAGUGGAUCCCUUGGUUCAUCUGGUUCAUCAGGGAAUGUGGCGAAUUACAUGGGCCAAAUGGCUAUGGCCAUGGGUAAGCUAGGAACCCUUGAGGGAUUCAUUCGGCAGGCUGACAAUCUGAGGCAGCAAACACUGCAACAAAUGCACCGGAUAUUGACAACUCGUCAGUCGGCUCGCGCCUUGCUCGCCAUACAUGAUUAUUUCUCUCGGCUGCGUGCUCUCAGCUCCCUCUGGCUGGCUCGUCCCAGAGAUUGAUGGGGUGGCAAACAGACCAUCCAAGUUGCUUUUCAUGAAUGAGGCAGCCCCAACCAAUACUUCAUCAUCAUAGGCUUUUUACUGUUGCUAGAUUUCUUUGUUACUUUCUCUGUGUAUUGCUAAUGGUUGUGAUCAUAGUUUUAACGUCUACAGGUUUUCUUACGUUGUCUGUGUUUGACUGAUGUUUAUGUUUCACAAAAUCACAUUGUCUAGAAACGAAAUUGUUAGUAAGCAGUAUGUAUUUUGUUUACUGUUACUAAUAAUAUUGGUAACAAGCAGUAUGUUUGUGGAUGAA